UUUAUGAAUGUUGUGAGCAACGGAAAAGGAAAGGUUGUAGUGUUGUAAUGUAACAGAAAAAGAAACAUUACGCGCGUAAAAGCCGCGAAGAAUUGGGAAAUCCGUCCGAGAACACCCCCGAAGCUGUCAGCACUUUGGAUUCGAAGGAGAAAGGGAGAAAGAGAGAGAAGAGAAAACAAAAAAAACUUAGAGAAGAGAGGGAGAGAGAAAGAGAAGAAAAUAAUAUUAAGAAAAGCUCAGAAACUUUGAGGGAGGAAUUGAUUAGAAAAGGAUCAUGGAGAUUGUCAUCUUCCAAUGAUCCCUUCAACCCCACAAAUUUUCUCGUUUGGAUUUGGCGUCAAAGCUUGAUUCUCAAUUGCUGCCAUUCCAAACACCUCUUUCUUUUCUCUUUCUCUCUCUCUCUUUUUCUAUCUCUUUCUCUUCUUCUCUCAUCUCCUUUUCUCUCUUUCAUCUGCAUUGUCCCUUUCCACUGCAGAAGGAGGCUCAUAAGGAAAGCCAGAACAUUUUGGAUUUUUAAGAGGAGUUUUGUUUCUGGGUCGGGACUUGAAUUGGGUUUAUGGGUUUUGACAAGGAAAGAGUCCAGUUUUGGUGACACACGAGGUGCUGCUGCCAUGUCUGGAAACAGAAAUCCAGAAAUGGGGGGUUCUCCUAGCAAUGUGGGUCAGCAACAAAAGAGGGUCUAUCAAGUUUGGAGAGGAGGAAACAAGUUUUUCUGUGGUGGGAGGGUGAUAUUUGGUCCAGAUGUUGCUUCCCUGUUUCUUACAACAUUCCUAAUCGCUGCACCUGCAAUUGCAUUUUGUUUAAAAUUAUAUUUUCAAAUCAAGAAGAAUGAUGAGCUUUCUCAUGAAUUUUGGUUUCCUGUAGUGGUUGUGGGUGCAGUUCUCACUUUUUUGGAUUUAAUUUUCCUCCUCAUGACUUCUGGGAGAGAUCCUGGAAUUGUCCCUAGAAAUUCAAGACCUCCUGAAUUUGACGAUACAUUUGAUAUACCUACCCCUUCCAUGGAAUGGAUUAAUGGCGCAACCCCUCAUCUGAAACUACCUCGAACUAAAGAUGUUGUUGUUAAUGGACACAUAGUGAAAGUAAAGUUCUGUGAUACGUGCUUGCUUUAUCGCCCUCCUCGUACUUCUCAUUGUUCUAUAUGCAACAAUUGUGUCGAGAGAUUUGAUCAUCACUGUCCCUGGGUUGGUCAGUGCAUUGGAACACGUAACUAUCGAUACUUCUUCAUGUUCAUUUUGACAUCAACCAUUUUGUGCCUAUACGUCUUCGUGUUCACUUGUAUCAGUGUUUCCCAGCAAAAUGUUUGGAGGACAAUAUUACAUGAUUAUUUAGCAGAUUUUCUGAUGAUAUACUGCUUUAUAGCUGUUUGGUUUGUUGGUGGCCUCACAACUUUCCAUUUCUAUCUCAUUUGUACAAACCAGACAACUUAUGAGAACUUCCGAUAUCAGUAUGACAAAAAAGGCAACCCAUUCAAUAGGGGAUCAUGCAGAAAUAUCAAUGAAACACUUUGUUCCAGCAUUCCUCGUUCGAAGAAUAACUUCCGAGGAUUUGUUGUGGAGGAUGAACACAUGAUGGUGGGAUCGCUGACUCCAAACAAUGCGGAUGGAAUUUUGACCCCAAAGGAGAAAAUUGACCUUGAAAUGGGAUCUAUGCGUGCAGAAGAUGGUCGUUUACCUAUUCCUGAACUUCUGCGAAAUUUUGAUUUUGAUAAUUUUGAUGAUGACAUAAAGUUUGCAGAUGAGGGGCAGCGGUCUUUCGAUCCGUUCUACAGCAUCGAGGAUGAUGCAAAAGGCUCGGCACGAACAUCCAACGCAACGGUUUUAAAUUUCCAAAGCAUAAGUGAAGAUGAAAUGGAAGAGUAUGUGCAAAGCUCCCAUGCUGGAGGAAGAGCCAGAGACUCUGCUCAAAGACACGCUACUUCUGAUGGAACCUACACAAAUAAGGAAACUAAUAGCAGGAAUCACCCACAUUAAGCCACAAUGCCAGCUUUUAGUUUUUAUGCAUAGAGGUUUGCUGCCGGUCCCUCUGAUUGCUUGUGUGCCUUGAAGUAAACACUGAGGAUGGUUUGGUUCCUUCCAUCCACACUUGCAGCAAUUUGUGGUUUUGUAAGAAUUUUCAAUAUGCUGACUCAUGCAAGUUCUUUGAUGCUAUUCAUGCUGGAAAUGGGGAGAUUGAGCUUGCACUUCUCUCUCAUUUUAGCAUAAAAGUGUGGCAAGUGUUUGUUGUAAGCUGUAAAUGCCACUUGCAUUCAAAAUAAUGCAGAAAGAUUGUCUGGCUAAGUUUAUGAUAGGUGCUCCUGGUGUGCCUAUCUCUUCCACUCAA